AUGGAGCUCCGUGUGGGGAAUAAGUACCGCCUGGGCCGGAAGAUCGGGAGUGGGUCCUUCGGAGACAUCUACCUGGGUGCCAACAUUGCUUCUGGUGAAGAAGUUGCCAUCAAGCUGGAAUGUGUGAAGACGAAGCACCCGCAGCUGCACAUCGAGAGCAAGUUCUACAAGAUGAUGCAGGGCGGAGUGGGAAUCCCGUCCAUCAAGUGGUGCGGGGCCGAGGGCGACUACAACGUGAUGGUCAUGGAGCUGCUGGGGCCCAGCCUGGAGGACCUGUUCAACUUCUGCUCCCGCAAGUUCAGCCUCAAGACGGUGCUGCUGCUGGCCGACCAGAUGAUCAGCCGCAUCGAGUACAUCCACUCCAAGAACUUCAUCCACCGGGACGUCAAGCCCGACAACUUCCUCAUGGGGCUGGGCAAGAAGGGCAACCUGGUGUACAUCAUCGACUUCGGCCUGGCCAAGAAGUACCGGGACGCCCGCACCCACCAGCACAUCCCCUACCGGGAAAACAAGAACCUGACCGGCACCGCCCGCUACGCCUCCAUCAACACCCACCUGGGCAUCGAACAAAGCCGGCGGGACGACCUGGAGAGCCUGGGCUACGUGCUCAUGUACUUCAACCUGGGCUCCCUGCCCUGGCAGGGCCUCAAGGCCGCCACCAAGCGCCAGAAGUACGAGCGGAUCAGCGAGAAGAAGAUGUCCACGCCCAUCGAGGUCCUCUGCAAAGGCUACCCCUCCGAGUUCUCCACGUACCUCAACUUCUGCCGCUCCCUGCGGUUCGACGACAAGCCCGACUACUCGUACCUGCGCCAGCUCUUCCGCAACCUCUUCCACCGGCAGGGCUUCUCCUACGACUACGUCUUCGACUGGAACAUGCUCAAAUUCGGUGCAGCCCGGAACCCCGAGGACGUGGACCGGGAGCGGCGAGAGCACGAGCGCGAGGAGAGGAUGGGGCAGCUCCGGGGCUCUGCGACCCGGGCCCUGCCCCCCGGCCCGCCCACGGGGACCCCCGCCAACCGGCUCCGCAGUGCUGCCGAGCCUGUGGCCUCUACCCCGGCCUCCCGUAUCCAGCAAGCUGGCAAUACUUCUCCCAGAGCGAUCUCACGGGUCGACAGAGAGAGGAAGGUGAGCAUGAGGCUACACAGGGGCGCGCCGGCCAACGUUUCGUCCUCCGACCUUACUGGGCGGCAAGAGGUCUCCCGGAUUUCAGCCUCACAGACAAGCGUGCCAUUUGACCACCUCGGGAAGUGA